AUGGCCGUCAUCACGCGCACGUCGCAGCCGUCGCUAUCUGAAGCCCACGAAUACGUCAAGCGAAGCGACUGGGCACAAAGCCAGCCGGGCGUCAUCCUUGUGUUUGUCAUUGUCUUUAUUCUUGGAUGUGGGAUACUGGGGGUUAUUGUUCACAAGGAGUGGGGGGCUCGUAGGGAUGAACGCGCUGAGUGGACGGUGGAAGAGAUUAAGGAUGAAGUAUAG